GGGGUGAGGAGCGGGCCGGCCAGGCGGGAGCGACGGACAACGAGGGGUGGCGUACGUUGGAGUGCCGGGGCGUCGCUGCUUGGGCGAAUCUUACAGACACCGCCUGCACACAAACUGGGGGAAGUGACUGCCGGUCGUCAUGUCAGCGCCUCGCGACUUCCGGCCGAUCCAGGGCUACCCGGAUCAGGAGUGGAACGCCAACAUCCGCUCAGAGUACGGGCGCAACUUCAUCUUCCUCGGCUGCGCCAUCGUCCUGCUGGUGGUGUUCGUCGGACUCAUGAUGGUUCUCAUCAAGUACUUCGCGAAUCUGUUCAGGGUCGAGAGAGCGCCCACGCACCCGCCCAGCCUAUCCACCAAGCGUCCAAACCCAGUGCGCAUGGUGUGGAGCACGCUGUGGGACCAGCCGCUGCCGCCCGGCAACUUCCGAUCGCAGGCCGGCUUCUACUCGCCCAGCACACGCCGACUGGACUCGGAGCACGCCUCGCUCUACAUGGGCGAGAUGUGAACCGGCCUCGCCCUACAUGGGCGAGAUGUGAACCGGCGUCGAUCUACAUGGGCGAGAUGUGAGCUGACUUGGCGCAACCAAUGGGCGAGAUGUGAACCAGCCUCGCUCUACAUGGGUGAGACGUGAACCGGCGUCGAUCUACAUGGGCGAGAUGUGAGCUGACUUCGCUACAAAUGGACGAGAUGUGAACCGGCCUCGCUCUACAUGGGCGAGAUGUGAUUCGGCCUCGCUCUCCAUUCCGAAAGGAUGACGAGGGAGCGUGUCGCGAUCAACUUAUGCGAGGGGAUGCUAAACUGCUAAAGUGCUUGUCUGCUUGGUCAGGAUCAGAUUGUUCCCUGAUCUGCAUGAUUGACCUAUGAGUGUGAAAACGUUACGUACGCGACGCAUUGUUGCUAUCCAGUAUCACGUAUAGUUAUGUUAUCAUGCACUUUUAUCGAAACCACAUGUUAGCGCUUCACCCAUCCUAAUGCACUGCAACCAUUGCCCAAUUAGCUCAUUUGUUACCCACAUUGCAUAAGUGAAUAUCGCUGACCUCUGUGGUACUGGUGCGAAUUUUUUGCUUUAUAUUUUUAUACACCGGCAGAUCUGGUCCGGUGAGCAUCCAAGGUCAUGAUUUCCCAUGGUAGAAAACCCGUUUCUUCCCCUUAUAUAACGACGCCCAGGUGUUUCGUCACUGGCGUUCUUCCCCUUCUCGCACAACUUUUGCUGUCGGUCAACAUCCGAGUUGUGAUCAGCCACGAGUUGUCACCUCUUACAAACGCACAAUGGAUCUGCCCGCGUGUUUUCCAUGUAAUCUAAUGUUAGCAUUAUUUUGUAAAACAAAGAAUCCGUCCAAGCUGAACGGCGGCAUUGAUAAAUAAGGAAAGCAUAGCUGUAAGUUAGACACUAAAACGCAUGGUUGGCUGUGAAUGGCUGAACGCAAAUUUGUUGGUGACACGAACGUUUGACCAUUUAUAGACCUCGAUGAUCUGCGCUCAGACUCGUUGUUGACCUGUGCGGCAAGUGGGCGUGUUUUGCUGUUGUGCGGCUCGUGCCUGUGCCCGUAACAAGCCGCAAUUGGUGGCCCGAGAGGAUGAACCUACCGAUCUUCUGUUAUGACCUUUGAACGUUUACCGAGGCAUUGUGGUAACCCAGAGUCUCAUUUGUGUAUAUUACAGGUGUUCUUGACCAAACGACGAAUGUCAAUAAAUAUACAGCCGAUCAAUU